UCACAAUUUUACUAGCUUUCGCUUUGUACACAUAUUUUUCACACAUUUUCUAUUGGUAGUUCUCGUGUGAGAAAAAAAAAUUAAAGAUUCAAAAUAAUAAACAGAAAUCCCAGAUAUUAUUAUUUUGUUAUGGAAAGCAAUCGACGACGUCGUCAGGAUCGCCUACCGGCAGGAGUUGCCAUUGGUAUGAACAUUGCGAAUGGAGGCGGUGAUGCCGAUAAUGAUGCAGAAAUCAGGCGCCAAAUGGAAAGAUUCUUGAUGCGUAUGGAAGGGGCUACCGAUGACAUGGAUGUCGAGGAUGACGAAGAAGGGCUUUACGAUCUAUAUGACGAGAUGGACAUUGCCGAUGACUUUGAUUUGGAAGAGCAAGAAAUAGAACAGGACCGUGAACCGAUGCCACAGGAGUCGCAUGAUAAUUCAGCUGGUCAGCAGAGUCUGGAGCAUGAACCAAAUGAAUAUGUUCGCUUUUGUACUCGUCUAACCGUCAGUACUCUACUGUAUCCGUAUGACUAUGCUCGUACUUUGAUUCAAUUGGGACACGAACCGAUGCCACACAUGGUCUACCAAGUAUGGAAGUUCAAGCCAAUUUGCUUGCUGCCCGGCGUCCACAAGUAUGUGCAGUAUAUCAAGCGUUGUGAUGGCUUUGCUGGACUAUAUCGCGGCUUGCUGCCUCGUGUACUGGGAACCACAGUUGGCUUCCUAUUUUCCGAUAUCUUGCUCAAAUUUCUGUGCAUACGACCCUACAAUAGCGGCCCCAAAAAAGGAGCUCAUCCAUUUCGUGAGUAUGCCUGGAAUCUCUUCAGGGAUAGCAUUCGCUUGGCCACCGCAUCGGUGUUGUCGUAUCCAUUUCAUCUGGUCAUGGUGCGUCAGGCAGCUUCGUUUGUGGGCAAAGAGAAAGUCUUUGAGACUUUGCAAAGCAGCGUUAAAUAUAUAUUCGAGCAGGAUGGCAUUGUGGGAUUCUAUGCCGGAUUCGUGCCCAAACUAAUUGCCGAGAUGACUGUUCUGGUGGUGACAAGCACAAUGGCUUAUAUAUUUUUUCGCUCUGGAGACGAUGGAUAUCACUAUAAGGCGGGUGUUGUCCAGUUGAUGACCACAUUUGCAACGUAUCCAUUGGAGGUGGCUAGCUCCUGCAUGGCAUGCAGUGGAACUCCCUUGGCAGCUGGCGCUCCUCCACGUAUGCCGAUCUAUGUCGAUUGGAUUGAUUGUCUAACCGAUUUGUAUGCACGCGGGGAACAUACACGGGGAAUCCAUUUAUUUUGGCGCACAAUUCCCCGUUUCCAAAUUUCGACUGGUUUGUUAGAUGGCGCUCCGUAUGUGCGUGCCCCUUAGGUAUUUAUUUGUUUUUUUUUUUGGUACACUUAAAUGGUCACGGUAUUAUAAAAUAUUAUUGUGUUCACCGAUAGACCUAAAAAAAUUUUACUUGAUGCUUAGAUACAUACAUCGUAUCUUUAGCCGUGAAUAUAUGAAUACAUAAUGUGUA